AUGAGCACAAGAAAAGAUAUUGGCCUCUACAGCCCUAGCGAUGUUUUAUCCACAAACCAGCUCUUAAAGACCAGGCAAAAUCAUUGUAAACUUUGCAUGAACCGAGCAUACUUUUCUAAAUACACAAGAGUUGGAUAUAUAAUUGUUAUAAUCCUCUGUGCAAUUGGCAUAGUCUGAACUUUACUUUCACAUGGUCAAUUCCCUGACAAUAUGUGAUUUUGACUGCUUGAAGGCUUAGUUACAGUGCUUAUAGCAUUUGAAGUCUGCGUUAGAAUGUAUAUUCAGAAUUGUCAUGCUUAUUGGAAAUCUUUAUCAAAUAUUUUUGAUCUUAUUGUUGUUAUUGUUUGUAUUGUUGCUAUUUCAAUUGGCUUGUGGGAUUCUGAUAUAGAUGAGGACAUUGGUGGAAUUACAGGAGAAGUUCUUAUGAUUUUAAGGACAAUUUUACAAUUCCUAAUUCCUCCUCUGCUUUUUUUAAAUAUUUAUUUAAUUUUUUUUGAUCAUACCAAUUUCUAAAAAAUUAUGUUUAGAAUGCAAGAUUAGCUCCAAAAAUAAGUGGAUUUUGGUCGCUUAAAGAAAGAGGGAGUAAAGAGUUAUAGUUUUUUUAAAAAAUCAACAAAAAGCGCAGCUAACAGCAUUAAAAAUGAUUGAUUUUUCACAGCUAGCUGAGGCAAAAGAUAAUUCUCAUAUAAGGAUGCAUGAUUUUUAUUUUAUAAUUUGUGCAGGUGUGAGAUUUCCUCAAGAAAUUUGGAGGAUUUUUCCUCACUCCCCUUGGCUAACUGAUAAGAUGUUUUUACUUUUUAUUUUAUAGAGAUGGAGCAUAAAUUUCUUAAAAGGAAAAUUCAGCCACAAAGCGGCUUUAAUCGGUGAUCAAGGAUUUAGCAGUGGCGAAGAUUCGUAUUUAUGGGAAAGCUCUGAUGGAGACAGUUUAUUUUAUGAUGACGAGUUCUGAUUUGAGGUUGAUGAAAUUCUUGGAUCGGAUUCGGAUGAAGAUGAAGAAAGAGAUGCUGAAAACGAAAACGAUUGAGAGAAUGAAUUAGGGAUGGAGGAGUUUGAGAAGGUGAGAAGCUGAAUUGCAGGAUUUGAAGGAAGUGUGUUGGAUGAGAAUGAGCUGAUCCUGACCACAGGAUCAUUAAGGCAGAGUUCACAAGAAAUAGAGGUAAGGAAAGUAGGGAUGAAGGAUUAGAUGCAAAAACUACAGAGAGCCCAACAGAGAGGACUUUGCAAAAUUAGGAGAAAAACCAGCCGAAAGGCCAACAGAUAGACCAACAGAAAAGCCAAACAGAAAGCUAAGAGAGAAGCCAACAGAAAAACCAGCAGAAAAUGCAACAGAAAAAGCCAACAGAAACCCAACAGGAAAGCCAAUAGAAAAAUCAGCAAAAGAAGAUAGCAAAAAAUCCAGCAAUAAAGACAACAGAGAACUCAAAAAUUAAGAGGUUUUCACUUGGAGAUACUCAAGGACAGGGUGUGGUGCUAUUGGAAGACUUGCAAACGGAAGAUCAAGCAAGAAGGAAAGAUUGCUAAAAGUGUCACGGUGGGAAAAGGGAAAGGACUUGGAAAAUGCCAUGGUGAUGCGAGGUUUGGAGCGAUGUUUUGGGAAGGGAAGAAGAAAGAAAAUGGUCCAUAAGGACCGUUGGGUGGCUGUAGCCACUAGAUAAUAUAAGAUAAGAUAAGAUGUUUUUAGUGGGAACACAAUUAUAGAUCGACCUGACCCCCUUCCUGAUAACUAAGGGGGAAGUUAAGAAUAUUUACUCAACACUUUUACCACUUUUCGAGCAAAUAUCUGAUGAGGAAAAAUUUUGAUAAACUGUUUCUGUAAAAAAAUUUAUCAAAAUGUACUAGCCUGAUAUAAAGCUGAAUGAAAAUAAUAAGCCACCUCCAGUAACAGAAGAAAAUGAGGAGCGUUUUAAUUUUAUGAGACAUAGCGAUACAGACAUAUUUCAUGCUAAAACAAUGCAUAAGCUUGAUCUAUCAACAGAUUCGCAAGUUCUAAAAGAAUAA